GUCAAACCAUGUUCACUUGAAGGUUUUCAAUUUUGUUCAGGAUCUAGGACAGGCAUCUGUUGACUUCGACAGUUUCUCCAGUGUUCCAGCAAAGUAGGCUUUCGGUCAUGGUGAACUUCAAAAAGUUCAAGGAUUCUGUGAAUCCUGAUGCGAAGGAGUCAACCGGAAUUGUCGAUGAACUAAAAAAUGAUAUGAACUGCUGUGCUAGCCUGAGCUGGGAAACCCGUAUCAAAGGUUUUGCAUGCUGCUUUGCCACUGGUCUGUGCCUUUCCAUCAUCGCUUACGUCAUGGUGUUUACACAGAACUACACUGCGUUUGGCCUUUGCUACUCGUUUGGUACUGUAACUGCACUCGCAAGCUCUUUCUUCCUAGUCGGCCCAGCCAAGCAGCUAAAGAACAUGUUUGCCGAGAAGAGACUCAUCGCCGUGAUUGUGUUGCUUGUAAUGAUUGCGCUAACGCUGUGCUCUGCUCUCUGGUGGAAGAAAGGCGGACUUUGCAUCAUCUUCGCGAUAUUUCAGUUCCUUGCCAUGGCAUGGUAUUCUCUCUCGUAUAUCCCAUUUGCACGGAAUGCUGUCAAAUCCUGCGUCACGGCAUGUGUGUGAGGAGCUCUUCUAGCAUUUCUUGGAAUCGAAUGGGAUGAUUGAUAAUGCUUGCUCGCUUCAAAGAAAUAUCCCAAACUGCAACACAGUCGCUCCUCAGAAUCAUCGAGUUACGCUUUCAUCUCCCCAUUAAACGGCCGGAAUGAGCUAUAGUUCGUAUCGCUGUACCACACAGGCUUUAUCUUUUCAUUGAUUCUUACCAUGCUGUUCUCUUUGUCCAUAUCGUGCUUCAAAUACUUGUUCGUCACUCUGCUUCAUAGGACUUCACAGCGAUCUGUCGCCCCUGAAUUCUCAUCGUUUUUACCUUGACGUAGUAUUUAUUCAAUUUGAGACACACAGUAACUGUUAUAGUAGAUUGUGUAUCUUUUCUGUAGUGAAUGUCCCUUCUGAAGUUCCGAUCAGUGGCAAAUGCUAACUUGGCAAUGUGUGGACGAAUCUUCCAGUCUAUUUUGCUCAUUCUGAUAGCAGAAGCCAUAUACAUA